UAUGACGUGUACGUAAACACGACAUAUUGUGUAGUAGGCCUACGUGAUAAUAUAUCAAUGCGUGUAUUUUGCUGUGGAAAGGGUUCAUUCUGACAAUUUUGCUGAGUUGAGCUAAGCUGAAGCAACCUCACCAUGGCUGAUUCUGACAGCGAGGCUGAGGUUACAUUUGAAAGUGCAGAUGAAGGUGACGAGGGGGAGGUAGUUGAGGAAGUCACCGAGGAGAAAGUCACCAACGAGGAGAAAGAUACUGCUGAAUCAGAUUCAUCUCAACCACAGGAUCAUGAAAGUACAACUGAACACUCUGCUCAAGAUGAUGCAGCUGCUAAGAGCUCCAGAACAGAAGGGUCUGUGGAUGAAUCAAGAACUAAAGCCGAAGAUGAGAUGGAAGAAACGGAUGGCGGGAAACAAGACGAUGAGAAUAGUGGUGAACAUACAGAGGGCAGUGUCAACAAAACUGAAAGAACUGCUGCAUCGGAUAAAGCAGGAGAUGUAAAGGACAUGGUGCAAACUGAUGAUGGAAAUGAAGCAGAAGGAACCCCAGGAGAUGAGAAAGAACAGGAGGAGCCAGAAGGAGAAGAGAUUGUGAACAGAGGAGCCCCUGUGACAGAGACAGAGGACACAGAGAGCAAUGCUAAAGCUGGUGGUGCCCCACAGAAUGCCUCUGCUGCACCAGCAUCAGGUGGUGGUUCUUGGGGGUGGGGCGGAUGGGGAACAUCCCUCCUGUCGUCUGCGGCAGCAACAGUCACCAAGGUUUCAGAUAAUGUUGGAAAGGGUCUUACCCAUGUCUUGGAGAACGUGGAGACAUCGCUGGGUGUACUAAAGCCAGAGGAACUGAGAGAGAUUGAGAAACAGGAAGCAGAGAAAAAGGCCAAAGAGAAAGAAGAACAGUCAUCUCAACCAAAGGAAGGCGACCAAGAAACACAAGAGGGAGACUCUCGGCAGGAUGAGAGUGAGGGUAAAGAGAAAGAAGAGAAAGAAGAAAAAGAAGAGAAAGAAGAGAAGGAGAAAGCAGGAGCUGGGAUCGGUGGUUUCUUCUCAUCUGGUGCAUCAGUCUUCACCAGUGCCAUGGGCAAGACAGUGACCGGUGGUCUUGAUGCCCUGGAGAUGCUUGGUCGUAAGACAAUGGACAUCCUACAAGAAGGUGACCCAAGGUUGGAGAAGAAGAAAGGAAUGGUUAUCCCUAAGAGAGAUAAAACCAACCUAUCUGAUGUUUUAAAACAAGCCAAGAAAGAUGCAGACGAAGAGGCUACUAGAAGACAGGAGGAAGAAGAACAUCAGAAGUACAACUAUAGUUUCCUCUUUGAUCAAUAUCAAGGUCUAGCUCAUCUAGAAGCCCUUGAGAUGCUAUGUAAUCAGAGCGAGACCAAGGUCCAGUCAUCUAUCUCCAUAGUAACGGAUGAGAAACUAGAUGAGCUGAAGACGGAGCUCCUGGAGGUGAGGGAUGCAUUCCAGCUGGAAGACCUGGAUGCAGUCGAUGAAGAUACUGCUAGUGAUCAGGACUUUGUGAAUGUUAUCACUGAGUUGCUGUUCAGUCUGAGUGUGGCUGCCACUCCAAACAAGUUACAGAGGGUGCAGAAGGAGACCAGAGACUGGUUAGCGAAUCAUAUAACCCAGCUGAAGGGAGAUGGUGACGAGGAAGAUAAGGACAAGGCAGAUAUCAAGGAAGUUCAUGCCAAGGCCAUGCAGACCCUUGCAGAGCUCACAGCUAGGACCAUUGAGCAGUUCCAUAAGGUAGCAGAACUCAUGCUGCUAGGUCAGGAGACAGAGCAGGCAAAGGCAAAGAGUCCAGUGGAAAGAGCUACCACCCUAUCUAAGUUAGCUAGCAUUCUGUCUGCUGAAGUCAGCUCAGUCGCGACCAAAUUCUGUGAGCUGUUGAGUUCCAUGGGUGAUCAGGGCUCAGAGGAAGUCAACACCAUCAUUACCAACAUAUAUCUAGAGGCUUCCAACAGCGCAUCAUACAUCCAAGAUGCAUUCCAGCUACUGCUCCCCAUCAUGCAAGACAUUGUUGUGACGACAUUGAACUCAGCGGAGGAGGAGGCAUCAUAGUGCACAAUAAGUUCUCAUCACUUUUAAAUGGGAUCUCACUUUACAGGAGCAAUAUUGGAAAAGACUGAAAUAUUAUUACUGUGAUAUCGUCCCUCGAUCAACACCAUUUGAAGAAAUUCUUGACAGAUACAAGAACUGUUUCAGUGUAAUUUGCAAGAUGUAGCCAGGGUAUCCGUAGAUUAUCACAUGAAAUAGUGUUCAUGUUGUGGAGGUGUCAUACCUUGUGGAUAGGUCAUCAGGUUAUGGGUCAAAUGGUCCGAGUUGCAAUCCAAGCGGCAGAUGUAUAUUAUCCUCUGGUGAAAGAGUAAUAAACAUUUCCCAACCUGCAGCUCCGAUUAUCAUUUAUAAUCCCUGUUUCCUGCCUAAUACCCAAACAAGAUAUAAGGACUUGCUAGGAUGAAGUAAGUCUUUGUGUCACGGUACUUGCCCUUUGACCUUGCAGUGACCCUGAAGCUUACUCCUCAUUGUGGAGAUGGUGCACAUAUUUUGUGUAUGUAUAUGUCCAAGGAUGGGGGUCUGUCACCGAAAUGUUCUUAGAGUCAUUCAUAUUUUGUGCUAUAGAAAUGCUAUUUUUUUGCGAAACGUAUAUAUUGGGGUAUAUUCAUCAAAGUGCUGAGAGACUUUGUUAGUUGGUAGAGAAUAUGUGCUAUAUUCAUGAUUCAUAAAUUUCAUUGUAAUUGUUUAAAGGCAGUGGUUGUACGUUCAACAUAAUAUUUUUGUUCAGAUUUAUGUUACCACAUAUUUUCACUCUGCUCGUCAUUCUCAUCAAUAUUUCAUCGUUAUCAUAUCAUCAUCAUCAUCAUCAUCAUCAUCAUCAUCAUCAUCAUCAUCAUCAUCAUCAUCAUCAUCAUCAUCACUGCCAUCGUCACCAUCGUCACCAUCAUCACAGUCAAUGUCAGAGAAAUUUUCAGUUAUAUCUGAUUCAAAAUCCUUGUUAAAGUAUGAAGACACAUUGGUUCUUAUUAUCUUAACAAACGGCUUCCACUGCGUAAACGUUAGCAUCAUCUGGAGAAGCAUGAUCUUCAUGCUGUGUAAAUAAAAUACAAUCAAAUGAAUCAUUAAGAGCUCUGUCUGUUUUUCUCUAAUUUCACUUAUUUCUUUUUGCUUCCAUCACUAAUUCAUUGUUGCUUUUGAGGUUUCCCUGGAAAUGAAUGAAUUAAGAUUUCCAUUAGAUUUUAAUAGACUUAAAUGAUACAUAGGUUCUAGGGAUAAAAGGAUAUAUAUUAGUGAUAUUGGGUAUUAGUGUGGUUAUUUUCAUGUUCUUGUUCUCUUCUUUGUUAUCUGCAUUUCUUCCGUCUGGUAAUUAUGUGUUGACUCAGUAUGCUGAUAUCGAUUCUUGUAGUCAAAUGAAAUAUAUUCUAUGUAAUGGUUAUUCUUUCAUUAUGAUCAUGUGGAAUGCUCAAUAUUUGUUGCUUUGUCAUGUAUAAUUAUGUAAAAAGGAAAAUAUUAAGUAUGAAUGUGUUCAGUUGCUGGAUACGGUACAGUAAUGCAUCAUUUGCAUAGAUUUUAGACAUGUAUAGUCAUUUACUUGUAUACUUAAAAUUCAGAUUCUUUAUUCAAAUUAUGUCUGGUAUGGUGACUCUUGUAUUAUAAUAAGAACACAUGAUUUAUAAAUGAUGGAAUAUUUAAAGUGUUGCAAUGUGUUUGUUUGGUGAGAACUCAGUCUACAUCAUGAUAAUUUACUGCUUUUGUAUAGCACCAUAAAGCACACUUUUAGGUAAUGAGUGUGCAUUGUAUGUUCGGAUUAUUCCGUUUUCAUAAGAGUAGAGUAAAUUGAGCAAUAAUUCUGUACAAGAAAAACCUUUGUACUUGGUACAGAGAAAUGAACAAAUUACCCUCAAAACGUUAUGUUGUAAUACUGUCAAAAAUUCACAUUCAUUACAAUUCAAUUGCUAUACUAUGUGCAGUAUUUGUUUGUUAUGUCUGUGACAACAUUAGAUCAAGAUCAUUAUGUACAUAAAUUUUCAGAUUUUCCCAUAAUUUCUGACACAACUCGUACAUUACAGAAUAGGAAGAAGAAAAAAAAGGCAGAGAAUGGAGGGGAAUAAUGCAGAAACAUGUUCUGCUUUCUGAAAUGAUAAGUUUUAUGUCAUUUACAUCUUUAAAGUCAUCCUUUUAGAAAUUUCUGUAUUAAUGAUUAGAGGUCUUGGAGAUGAAUAUCCUUUUAAUUCAUUUCAAUGUAGUUUCCAGUAGGACUGUCAUUGGAAAGUUGGGUCGCAUGUGUAUUCUAUGUAUCAUAUGUAAACAUAUUUCAUAUAAUUAAAUGCUUUUUAUGCACAAAAGUGACCAAACAUCCUGAAAUUUUUCAUACAAUUCAUUUAUUUAUUCCCUUUGCUGGAUUUGAAAGGCAUAAUGAUAUAUCGAACAAUCAUAUCACAUAACUUACUUUAUUUUUUUAACAAAACAGAACAUUUCAUGUUGUAUAUGAUUACUAGACCAUUCAUCUUCUCGUAUUUGACAAUAUAUCAUGAUUUAAGAUUAUGCAUCAGAAUGGACUACAGAAUUUGUGACAUUUCCCUUUUACCUUCAAUUCCAAGUAUGAUAAAAGCAAAGUGAAAUAGUAAAUUCCUAUAUUGAUUUGGUAGUGAUUUUAUACAUUUCUCUAUACAUUAAUUUUUGAAGCUUUAAAGAAAUGCAUCAUUUUUGACAUUCUCUAAAUAUUUUGUUCAAAACAGAAGUUUUUAGGAGAAUUUACAUUGUGCAUGUAUGUCAAUGCUUUAGUAUGGGUACUUAUUUGUCUGGGUACUUGCAUUCACUUCCUAAAAUGUGUGCUGAAAACAGAGCUGUCACCCCAACUUGUCCUAAAACAAAACAAAACAAAAAGUAUUGACUGCUACAUGUACUUGACCACUUGAAAUGAUAUUGCUGUAGUAACAAUUCAAGCCCCUUUUGAUGGUUCGAUUUGUAUUUUGAAACACAUGUAGAGUAGGGCCAUGUGUACUACACUCCAAAGGUGAUGUGUUUACCAUGUUUUGAUCCAGAAGUUUGCAAAAAACUUGAAGAAUAGAAGAAAAGUUGACAAUUGAUCAUUGUCACAUGAUCAACUUUGUACCAUCAGAAAGAGGACAAACAUGGUGUGUUGACAUCAGUUUAGUAGUACAUGUAUAGUACAUGAACCUCUUUGCAUUAAAUAAAGAAACCUACUUAAAUGUCA